CAACUGACAGAGCUUCUUAGAAAAUGUCCGGCAGAGGAAAAGGAGGGAAAGGACUCGGUAAAGGAGGCGCCAAGCGUCACCGUAAAGUCCUCCGUGAUAACAUCCAGGGAAUCACCAAACCCGCUAUCCGCCGUCUGGCUCGCCGCGGUGGAGUGAAGCGCAUCUCCGGUCUGAUCUACGAGGAGACCCGCGGUGUGUUGAAGGUCUUCCUGGAGAACGUGAUCCGUGACGCCGUCACCUACACGGAGCACGCCAAGAGGAAGACCGUGACCGCCAUGGAUGUGGUGUACGCCCUGAAGAGACAGGGCCGAACCCUGUACGGCUUCGGAGGCUAAACUGCUGCUGCUGCUGCUGCUGACUAAACAAAGGUCCUUUUCAGGGCCACACAAGUUUACACCACUGAGCUGCUCUUCUGUUAAUAGUACUGGAUGUUAC